GUCGAAAAAACAGUCGUUGGAAACUAAAGCCGCUUUUCCCGCUCUAGCUAUAUUCGCAGUCCUACGCAUCCCGCUGGAUAGAAUGCCGUCCAUAGUAUCGUCCAUGCUUCAAGCACAGGUCCCUGUCAGCCACAAAGAAAAAUUCUUAAAUGAGGGAGGAACCAGUCGACAUAAUCAAUUAAUGGAAGGUAAUGAACUGAUAGUUGGCUUUGAAAAUGCCACCCUUGAAUGCCAGCUCAAAAUGACGUCGACACUAAGGCCAGUGACGAUACGCAGCUUGCCCAAUCUUCGCCCACAUACGCAUUUCGCGUAUCAAAUCUUCAAAUAAAUUUUCACAAGAAUAGUCUCAAUGUAAUUUGCAGGCCUAGUAGAUCGAGCAAAUCAUCGCUGCUGUUGGCACUGCUAGGAGAGAUGGAGCUCUUGCGCGGCCAUGUACAUCUACCGCUGGCGCAACUGCCGAUCGACGAUGAUUCCAGAAUCGCCAAGACAGCAUACCGUUCGCAGGAGCCUUGGAUCAUGAACCAAACUAUUCGAGCUCAUAUAUUAUUGGAGCUGCGAUUCCAAAAUCACCGGUACAAGAUAGCCCAUGAUGCAGUAACUUUGAGCCGUGACAUUGCAGAGUUUGAGGACGGCAAUCUUGCCCAUUGCGGGGGAACUCGGUAGUCGCUUGUACGGUGACCAAACGCAAAGAAUUGCAUUAGCGAGAGCAUUGUACAGCCGUGCUCCUAUCCUUCUUUUGGAUGACUGCCUAAGUGCACUGUACUCACGCACUGGAAGACAUAUA